GCACGAUUGUGAUCACAUAUUUAGAAACAGCAGAUACUUUGCAUUAGGUUGGACCAGUCAACACAGAGGUGUAAGCAUGUCGAAUCAAAUGGUAGUCAUGCAGCCCCAGCCUGUUAUGAUCUCUAGAGAUUCUGAUCAGUGGGGGUCACGGGUCUGUGACUGCUGUGAUGACGUGCCUGAAUGUUGCUUUGCUUACUGGUGUUUCGCGUGUUUCACGUGUAUAAAAGCAAAGAAAUACGGUGAGUGUUUAUGUCUCCCCCUGCUGGAUUUCUGUGGUAUCAUUCCACCCAUAACCAUGUCCAUGAGGGUCUCAAUGCGCCAGCGUUAUGGCAUAAAGGGUACCAUGUGUAAUGACUGCUUGGUGGCCACAUUCUGCAGAGCUUGUGUCUGGUGUCAGAUGUCACGAGAGAUGAAGGCACGAAACCUACCAAUCACUCUUGUUGGUGCCAGGAAUUUGUAAUGUGUUUUGAAGGAGCUGUGCUGGUGCGUAAAUGAUAAUAAUCCUGACACAAUGAAAGGCAGAUAUGUUUAUUAAUAUAUCCCACCAACUGAAUCACUUUUAUAUGCACUUAUACUAAGAUGCUUAUUAUAACAAUGAUUUUCUGUCAGUUCUUGAAGUAAUAUGUGAUGAAAUUCAAGGAUGUUUAUUUUCUUUGUAUUUCUUUCUAUUAAGUGCAAUGUCUGUUUUGUUGUGUAUCUUUAAUGUCUGUUACUCCGUUUCUAAUCAGCAUCAUCAAUGGCAUGAAAAGUGUGAUCAACUAAAUUAGUGUUUGACAUAUCUAGAUAGAUGUGAUAGUGUUGUAUAUUUGUGACAAUAUUGAAAGUACUCAACAUCAUUGGUAAAAACAUACAACUUUUAAAAUGUUUCUGUUUUUGUCUUGUAAAGCUCAUUAAAACAAUACAGAAACGCAUACAAUGGCUUGGGAUAAACACUUUUGUCACCAGGAUUUAAUUUAAUUUAAGCAAUACAUAAAGUUUAAAAAAAAAGCAAAAAGUAUGAAAUGUGUAUUGCUUCGCAUGUUUGUUUUUCUUGUGAUUGCCUUUAUUUUAAGACUGAAAAUCUUUCAUAUCUUUCACUUGUAUCUUUCACUUGUUGUUGCA